AUGUAUGAUGCAUGUAACGGCGAUUGUUUUAUGUUCGACAAGAAAGCGAUCGCAGGGCAGGGCAGUGCAGUCCCGGAAGUGGACUCUUACGCACUUGUUCAACCGGUUUUUGCUAGAGCGCGCGCAAAUUGUGGCGAAGGGCAGGGCACUGCAGUCCAGGACGUGGACUCUUACGCACUUGUUCAACCGGUUUUUGCUAGAGCGCGCGCAAAUUGUGGCGAAGGGCAGGGCACUGCAGUCCCGGACGUGGACUCUUACGCACUUGUUCAACCGAUUUUUGCUAGAGCGCGCGCAAAUUGUGGCGAAGGGCAGGGCACUGCAGUCCAGGACGUGGACUCUUACGCACUUGUUCAACCGGUUUUAGCUAGAGCGAGCGCAAAUUGUGGCGCAGGGCAGGGCAGUGCAGUCCCGGACGUGGACUCUUACGCACUUGUUCAACCGAUUUUUGCUAGAACGAGCGCAAAUUGUGUCGCAGGGCAAGGCAGUGCAGUCCCGGACGUGGACUCUUACGCACUUGUUCAACCGAUUUUUGCUAUAACGAGCGCAAAUUGUGUCGCAGGGCAGGGCAGUGCAGUCCCGGACGUGGACUCUUACGCACUUGUUCAACCGAUUUUUGCUAGAACGAGCGCAAAUUGUGUCGCAGGGCAAGGCAGUGCAGUCCCGGACGUGGACUCUUACGCACUUGUUCAACCGAUUUUUGCUAUAACGAGCGCAAAUUGUGUCGCAGGGCAGGGCAGUGCAGUCCCGGACGUGGACUCUUACGCACUUGUUCAACCGAUUUUUGCUAGAACGAGCGCAAAUUGUGUCGCAGGGCAAGGCAGUGCAGUCCCGGACGAGGACUCUUACCCACUUGUUCAACCGAUUUUUGCUAGAACGAGCGCAAAUUGUGUCGCAGGGCAGGGCAGUGCAGUCCAGGACGUGGACUCUUACGCACUUGUUCAACCGGUUUUUGAUAGAGCGCGCACAAAUUGUGGCGAAGGGCAGGGCAGUGCGGUCCAGGACGUGGACUCUUACGCACUUGUUCAACCGAUUUUUGCUAGAACGAGCGCAAAUUGUGUCGCAGGGCAAGGCAGUGCAGUCCCGGACGUGGACUCUUACGCACUUGUUCAACCGAUUUUUGCUAUAACGAGCGCAAAUUGUGUCGCAGGGCAGGGCAGUGCAGUCCAGGACGUGGACUCUUACGCACUUGUUCAACCGGUUUUUGAUAGAUCGCGCGCAAAUUGUGACGCAGGGCAGGGCGGUGCAGUCCAGGACAUGGACUCUUACGCACUUGUUCAACCGGUUUUUGAUAGAGCGCGCGCAAAUUGUGGCGCAGGGCAGGGCGGUGCAGUCCAGGACGUGGACUCUUACGCACUUGUUCAACCGGUUUUUGCUAGAGCGAGCGCAAAUAGUGGCGCAGGGAAGGGCAGUGCUUCUUGCACGUGGGCUCAUCCACACUUGUUUACCUGUGCCGGUGUUUGCUAG